UACCAAUAAUCAGCUGAGUGUACACAAUUUAUUAAAUAUUCUGCGUGGGCUUUUAAAAAAAUGAUGAGUGAAGAAUUAUUUACUGCAGAAUUAUCUGAAGAAAUUACGGGCAAGCAAGAUGAUAAAGAUGAAAUACUGGACGCCUUAGAAGAAGUGGAAACAGUUGCGGAAAUUGAAGUCGGGGAAAAUGCGGAAAUUACCGAAGCGGAUUCUGGCGAUGCAGAAAAACCGAAUUUAAAUAGUGAGAUCAACAUACAAGAAGCACGUCUAUUUCAGCUGCCCUUAACACGAGUUAGAAAUUUGAUGAAACUAGAUCCAGAUAUGAAUAUUGCUUCCAUGGAAGCUGUUUUUGUGGUUACACGAUCUACAGAGCUUUUUAUAGAGUCGCUGGCGCGGGAAGCAUUCUCAUAUACAGCACAAUCGAAGAAAAAAACUGUGCAGAAACGAGACGUAGACUUGGCUAUAUCUUCGGUGGAUAGCCUAAUGUUUUUGGAUGGCGCAAUGAAUUUUUAGUAUGCACUACUUCGCAUAAUAUAAAUCGUGCUGAAAUAGUAUCUUUGUAUUUUUAAAUAUUGUUAAGUUAAAUUUUUGUAAUAAAAUGCAGGAUUAUUAAAAUAAACUGUCACACAUACCACAAAGGA